CGAUGUGCAGCUUCCUUCCUCUGCUUUUGAUCCGUGUUGCUGCACCAUUUGGCAAUGUUUAAAAUAAUUGUGCCCAGCAAAAAAAUCUUCCUGUGUUCUUGUCGUCUUCUAGUGCUUGCAGAUGACUCGGCGUUGUUUCUACAUUCUUCCAAGACAUUCCAGCUUAUGAACAGAAGACAACGUUGAUUUUUUGCAGUAUAUAAAGACAGACCAUGCAUCAGUGACCGGCCUUCUCCAUAGGCAAACCAACACGCACGCGCAGAUGGAUUACAACAUGAAGCUUCUGCUGAAUCGAUUCUGCCUGUUUCUGCUACUGUCAUAUCACUUCCUCCUCUCUCUGAAUGCAGCAGCUCCUCUCUCAAGAAGCCUUGCAUUGAGAAACCAAGAUGAAGCAGCAGUGGUGGUUUCAGAACAGACUCUGGCAAGGAUGGAGAUUGAGGUCAACGACUACCCGGGUUCUGGGGCAAACAGCCGCCAUGAUCCCAGGAACCCUGGAAAACCUUAAAUUUUAACAUUCUUAAAUAUCCUUUUGAUUUUGCAGUGUAUAUCCUUUUGAAUGUACCACCAGCCUUGUAACUUGUAAGAGUCAUGCAAGAUUAAUCCUGCAAUGCUCAAGUAUUACCUUCUUAUCUCAGUCUGUA